CCAGAAUAUCAUCCAUCCAUCCAUUAACAAUGGGAAAAGAUGCCAUUCCAUCAUGUCACGGCUGGGCUGUUAUACAAAGGAAACUAUCUGAAUCGGUCACUCUCAGCUGGCAGCGACAGUGAGCAGUUGGCGAACAUCUCAGUGGAAGAGUUGGAUGAAAUCCGGGAAGCAUUCAGAGUACUGGACCGUGAUGGCAACGGCUUCAUUUCCAAGCAGGAGCUGGGGAUGGCGAUGCGCUCGUUGGGCUACAUGCCUAGCGAGGUGGAGUUGGCAAUUAUCAUGCAACGCCUUGACAUGGAUGGGGAUGGCCAAGUCGAUUUUGAUGAAUUCAUGACGAUACUUGGACCAAAACUGGUGUCAUCAGAAGGGCGGGAUGGCUUUUUGGGGAACACGAUUGACAGCAUAUUCUGGCAGUUUGAUAUGCAACGGAUAACUUUGGAGGAACUAAAACAUAUUCUCUAUCAUGCAUUCCGGGACCACUUAACUAUGAAAGACAUUGAAAACAUUAUCAUCACUGAGGAAGAGAGUUUAAAUGAGAACUCUGGAAACUGUCAAACAGAAUUUGAAGUGCAUUCCCAGAAACAGAACCGCCAGACCUGUGUACGGAAAAGCUUAAUAUGUGCUUUUGCGAUGGCCUUUAUUAUCAGCGUCAUGCUGAUUGCAGCAAAUCAGAUCCUCCGGAGUGGCAUGGAGUAGCCAUCACACUGUGACGCAACCCACGCAUGCGCAACGCUGCCCGGUGAACUGUCUCCCUGAUCAACUUUA